AACAAAUUCAAAACUCAUUUUUUUAGUUAGAUUAUUUCUUCCCUGAGCCAGAUACAACGGUCGUCUCCCUAGCUCUCUAAGGUUUGUAUUGCCGCCGUUUUGUGCGGAUCUUUUGGUUUCUUCUCUUCGAUGCUUUUGUUUACAAUUGGAGGUUGGAGGUUUUGAAUUCUAGAAUCUUGUGAGAUUGAUUACGCUCAGGUUAGAUUUGUUUUUGUUGGGAGGAAGUUGGUGGAAGUCGUGCUUUAGGCCUUUAUUUUCCGUUCGGCAAGCUGCGGGAGACUUUGGUGACGGGAGGUUUCCAAGCACAGGUCAACAGCUUCUGCAGGCGUAGGCAGCGGGCAUAUGGAGAAGGAGGCUUCAAUUGGGAUUUUGGUGCAGACAUGUCAAGGGUGGAUCAUUGAGGAAGAGGAGGGGAUUGUUAUUGAUCUUGGUGGAGACGACAAGGGAAAGGAGCAAACCAGAAACUUUGAAUGGCUGGUCGAGGCGGAAGGCAGUCCGGCGAUCCGCCCCCCUCCCGAACCGCCAUCAGGGCCUCCUCUGCAAGAUUUUUCUUUCAAGGUGGAAGAUCUUGGAUUGGAAGAAUUGAGGGCGGGCAGUGGUGAUCUCUUUUGGGCGAAAGAAGAUGAAGAGAUGUUGACUCGUCCCCCUCCUGAACCGCCUCCAUGGAGGAAUUGUGCGUCUAGGAUUUGGAAGUCUAUUUCUAUUUUUGUUUUAGUUUGUUUGUGUUUUUACUUUGAUAUUCAUGUUGUUUUGGUUGUUAGGUACGUUUAUUUUUGUCAGACUCUUACAUUAGGUGAGGGUGAUGAAGGUAUUGUUCUGGCCACGUUAGGCUCAUUUAGACCCACUAUAGGAUAAGCGAAUCAUAUUGCUCUGUCUAGAGUGAUUGUUUCUCCAGCUAGUUUGAGGGUCGGUGGCUGGAAGUGUUUCCUUUAUCUCGUGUGUCCCUUGCUAAAUGUUUUAUUAUCAAUAUAAGCCUCCUUGUUA